UUGCUGAAGUAGCUGUAGUAUUUGCUCCAGACCAUCAGGUGGCAGUGUCGCAUCAGCGCUCUUUCUGAGCCGUCCGCGGAUGAUUUUAAGUAGGCUGAGGUUACCUAGGAGUGCAAUUCAAUCCACGUUUGCCUGUAGCGUACAGUCAGUUAGAAAUUACGCCAACCGCAAGACUUGAUCCGUUAGGUUUGUUUGUUGUUACAUAUAAUUUCUUUGGCCGAAAGAAGCGAUGUCAGGCAGCUGCGGACGGAUUCCUCCUCCUUUCCCUGAUAAUGAAGAUCAGGAGGCAGAAUCAGACACUCGAGUGCUGGACAGCGACGAGGAUGAUGAUGAUGAAGGCGAGGACAUAUUCACCGGCGCGAGAAGUAACCCGAUCACACCCACCUCAGCUCCUGAUGAGUGCGAUAUCUUCAGUGAGGAGGGCUCGUACAUCAGGAGCGAUGUCCAUCACGCCACUAAUGGCCUUCACCCUGAUGAAGAAGAGCUGGAUCUGUUCACUGAGGCAACUGUAGAACUGACGCUUACCAACACCACUAGUCAAGGCAGGAGAGAGAUUAUUGGACCGACCGCAUCGGCUUGCAACACCACACAAGUUCCUAAUUCCAUACUCAAACCCAGCAUUGUCACCAAGACCACGGAGGAGUUGGAGGAGGAAGAGAGUGGAGACCAGUUUGAGCUGAACAUCGCAGUCACUAAUCCAGAGAAAAUUGGAGAUGGCAUGAAUGCCUACAUGUCUUACAAAGUGUCGACUCAGACUACACUGCCCAUGUUUCUUAAUAAGACGUUCUCAGUUCGUCGACGCUUUAGUGAUUUUCUGGGACUUUAUGAGAAGAUAUCGGCCAAACACUCCCUGCUGGGUUGCAUCAUCCCACCUCCACCUCAGAAGAGUGUAGUAGGGAUGACUAAAGUGAAGGUAGGGAAGGAGGAUUCAUCCUCAGCGGAGUUUGUGGAAAAGAGACGAGCAGCACUGGAGAGAAAGAUGAUAAACAGAGCGUCGGAUGCAGUGAAUAAGAUGACCAUUAAAAUGAAUGAAUCAGAUAAUUGGUUCGAGAGUAAGCUGCAGGAAGUGGAGAAUGAGGAGCAGCUGCUGAGGAGGCUCCAUGCUGCUGUUGAUUCAUUAGUAAACCACAGGAAAGAGUUGUGUAGUAACACAGCGGUGUUUAGUAAGAGUGUGGCCAUGCUGGGCAGUGUGGAGGAGAACUCUGCAUUGUCUCGUGCACUGUCACAGCUGGCGGAAGUGGAGGAUAAGAUGGAGCAGCUGCAUCAGCAACAGGCCUUCAGCGAUUUCUUCAUCCUCGCUGAGCUCCUGGCCGACUACAUCAGACUGCUGGGGGCCGUGAGGUGCUGUUUUGAGCAGAGGAUGAAAGUGUGGCAGCGUCUACAGGAAGCUCAGAGCACAUUGCAGAAGAAACGAGAGGCCGAGGCCAAACUGCUCUGGGCAAACAAACCUGAGAAGCUGCAGCAGGCUAAAGACGACAUAAAUGAGUGGGAGUCUAAAGUCAGUCAGUGUGAGAGAGAUUUCGAAAGAGUUACCUGUACUGUGCGUAAAGAAUUGCUCAGAUUUGAGAAAGAGAAAGCCAGAGAUUUCAAACAGCACAUAGUGAAAUACCUGGAGUCCCUGCUUCACACACAGCAUAGGCUGGUGAAGUGUUGGGAGGCUUUCCUGCCUGAGGCCAAAGCCAUCGCCUGAUCAGAGCCUAACUUUUGACCUUGACAACAGACAAUCAACAUUUCUCUUUUCCUAUUUCUUUUGCUCUCUGUGAAAUUAAUCAAAUACCCUGUAUAUCUUAAUAUUUGUUCAUUAAUAAACCAGUCCCUAUAUUGUGAUAGUAAACCUGUGCAGUGACCCGUGCCACUGUUGACAACUGAAUGUUGAGUGUAAAGGUUAAAGGUCAGAGUGGGAUUAAAAAAAGAACAGCGGUGUGUGGAGUGCAGCAAGAAUAUUUUUUUAUGUGUGCACGUAUGUGUGUUUAGUGUUAUCCUUAAGGUUUUUAAUGGUGCUAAGCCUAUGUAGUGUUUUAGUAGAGACUUUAAACCGCCUUUAAGAUUGUUGAGUGUCAUUGUCUCUGUCAUGGAUGUGCACAGACUGAACAUUUGAAGUUUGUAAUCCAUUCCCGAUAAUAGAGAAAAACACUUGAGAUGUUAAGAGUACGAUAUAGAAAAAAAGAAUGAAUCACAGACUGUGAAAGGAAAAUGUUUGGUGUCUUUUGAAUGAAGUCCCAUAUAUUGUGUUGAUAGUUUUGACUGAAUUGUAAUGUUCUCAAACAGUUGCGCUGAUCUGGACUGGUCCAGAUAAUAGUCUACUUGCAGUAUAGGUGUACAAACAUUUCUAUUAAAAAUUCUAGAUGAAUGAUUGUUAAAACAUACAUUAAUUACAAAAAAGAGGUUUAAUUAAUUUUAGGAGAAUGUAUAAAAACAUUUGUACUUUGGAUGCUUUUAGUCUUUAACAUUUAAGCCCUGCUGGUGUAUUCAUGAUAUCACAAUACCUUGCAGAAACUGGGGCCUCAUUUAUAAAAUGCAUUUACGAUCAGAUUUCAUUCUAUGUCAGAACAAAUCAGUAUUUACAAAAGCAUAAUUAUGAACUUCCUGUGCUCAUAUACCAGUAAUUAAACUCGAUUAAGAACAU